AUGGCUAUUAUUUUCAGGAAGAUUUAUUUUAUUUCAAAAUGGGGUGAUCCUAUUUUUGCUUUAAGUAUAGGUUGUUUAAGUUAUUUUUUAUAUGAACGAAAUCAUCCACAUCCUCCUGGAAAUUCAUUAAUAGAAUUAUUAAAGAGAAAAGUCUAUAUUUGGUUUUGUUAG